AUGUCAGUAACAGAUUCGUCUCCUCUUGAGAUAGCCAAAGCAGCAUCGAUAUCAUCCCGAAACCUUGCAAUCACAGACACUUCAUCCCGAAACGAUGCGUUGACGGCAAUACAUGGCGCACUCUCCGAAGCCAGAGAGACAAUCCUGGCAGCCAACGCUGAAGACCUCAAAGCCGCGAACAAAGCAGCUGAGGAUGGCAAGUUGAGCCAGAGCGUCAUCAAACGACUAGAUCUGAGUCGACCGGGCAAGUACGAUGAUAUGUUGAAAGGAAUUUUGGAUGUGAGAAAACUUGAGGAUCCUCUCAAUCAGACCACUUUGAAAACGAUCCUAGACGAUGAACUGGUGCUCGAACGUGUAUCGUGUCCGAUUGGGGUGCUACUCAUCAUCUUCGAGGCACGCCCUGAAGUCAUCGCCAAUAUCUCGGCUCUGGCUAUCAAGUCCGGUAAUUCAGCGAUCUUGAAAGGCGGCAAAGAAACGACUCUCUCCUUCCUCGCCAUCUCCAAAGUCAUAUCAUCCGCCUUGUCAACAACGCAGAUCCCCAAUUCCAGCAUCCAACUCGUCACCACCCACGCCGAUAUCGCCUCUCUCCUCGACUUAGACCAAUACAUCGAUCUUGUCAUUCCUCGAGGCAGCAGUGACCUUGUUCGGUACAUCAAAACACACACCCGCAUCCCUGUCCUAGGUCACGCCGACGGCAUCUGCAAUACGUACGUAACCGCCUCCGCCGACCCAUCGAUGGCCGUCAAGCUCGUCCUGGACGCCAAAUUAGACUACUUGGCUGCCUGUAACGCACUCGACAUACUCUUGAUCGACGAAGCAGCCCUCACCACCGUCCUGCCACCUGUAGCCACAGCCCUGAUAGAGAAGGGCGUCAGCCUCCGCUGCGACGCAAGCAGCAAGACUGCCCUCUCAUCUUCACUGCCAAGGUCUCAAUCCGUUCUUCUCCAAGACGCCGAAGACAAAGAUUUCUCAACCGAGUUUCUGGGCCCUACCAUCGCCAUCAAGACUGUUCCUACCCCAACAGCAUCCAGCGCAGACAACAUCGCCACCGCCGCCUGCACCCUAGCGAUCGCGCACAUUAACGCAAAUUCUUCGCAUCACACCGACGCGAUCAUCACCGCAGUCCCAUCGUCCUCUGACUCCACUGAUGAGAAGAUCGCACGACAAUUCCAGCGCGGCGUGGACUCAGCGUGCGUAUUCUGGAAUACGAGCACGAGGAUGUCGGAUGGGAUGCGCUUUGGAUUCGGCACUGAGGUGGGGAUCUCGACGAAUAAGAUCCAUGCGAGAGGGCCGGUGGGGUUGGAGGGGCUGACGAUCUAUAAGUAUCUGGUUAGUGGGCGGGGACAGGGCGUUGGUGAUUAUGCUGGUGAGGCGGGGAGGAAAUGGAGGCAUGAGAAGGUUGUGUGA